AUGCGUCGUAGCACCAGAGUAGCGGCGGCAGCCAAGACGCCAGCGGAAGCAGAGACACCACAAAAAGCGACGCGUUCGAAGCGCACGGGGAGCAGCAAAGGGGCGAGCCAGCAGCAAAACGGCACAGCACCGGGCAUUGACUGCAUACAGCCACAGAGCCGCACACGUCGUCGACGCGUAGCGCAACGCGACGCCUCAUCGUCCCCACCCGAGCACAGCUCUGAGUCGGCAAACGAGGACGCGGUAUCCGAGCUAUUGUCGCGCGCCAGCGAGGCAAUCCAGGACGAGGUGGAGCGGCAAGAGCUGAGCGAGGAGGACAGAGAGCGAUCGGCAAAAAAGGAGAAGGCGGCGCCAGCAAAGCGGCGGAUAGCAGACGUCAAGACCGAGGUGUCCAGGAGUCCGGCCAAGGGUGAGUGGCGGCCGGGCAAGCGCGGGCGGCCGCCGAAGCAUAUCCUCGAGCAGCGGCGGCGGGCGGCGGCAGCGGCGCUGGAGAGCGGCGAGGGAUCGGCGACACCGGAUGCGACGGGGGAAGCGGGCGCGGAUGUCGGGGUCCCCGGCGCCAGAACUGGCGGGCGAAGCGAAGAUUGGCGAGGACGGGCAGCUGCUGGGUGGGCGCGAGUACAUCUGCCCAGUGUUCCAGUCGCCAUUCCGCGCGAACACGCAGAUGCGGGCGCGCGCGACUCGUACAUGCUGUUCAAGCAGCACCCGCGGCUGACACGCAUCGAGACGACGCAGGAGGAGCGCGAUCUGCUGGCUGAACGGCACAUGAUCCCGAAGGUUACGCGGUUCCGGCCCAUUGCCAUGAUCACCGCACGUGACGCAUUCCUUGAAUUUGGCGCCAAGAUGGUCAAGGACGGGCAGUACAUCAUCGACGACUACUGGGAGGCCCGCAGCCGCGAGGAAGCGCGGUUCCCUGAGGGCACGAUGGUAGCCAGUAUGGAUGUGUACCGCGACAUGAUGGCUGCCCACGCUGCGGGCAUGCUGCCGGGGCCGACCCGGAAGCCGCGGCGGGGCACACCGCUGCAGCACCGCGGCAGCACUGCUAUCACAUCGCUGGCUGACGGCUCCGGCAACGGGUCAGCCAGUCGAGCCGCCACGCCCACGCUAUUGGGGGGAUUCCGGGGACGCACUGGCCCGGGGAUGGUGCCUGGCGGGCUGACAAUUGCUAGUGCGCUGCAGCAGCCGGUGGAGGCCAUGCAGGGGACAGCGACGGGCGAGGGAUCGGCGGGCGAUCUAGCGCUGGCCAAGCCCGUGUUCCGGCGGACGCGCGGGGCGGAGACAGCCGAGGCAGCGUUUGAGGGCCCGAUAGCAGCGCACCGGGCGAUAUUCUCAGACGACGUGAGCUUUGUGGACGGGACGCCGCUGCUGCAGAGCUUGGCGCCGUCGUGGCCGCGGCUGGGUGGCAAGCGGCGGCGCGGGGUGGACGGGUCGGAGCAGGAGGAGUCGCUGGCGCUGGCGGGGGUGGCGCGCGAUUUCAACGCGUCGCUGCGCAUGUGGCGCGAAGACAACGGGUCGACGUGGAUAGACCCGCACACGGGCAUCCGCCAGAUCCCCGAGAGCCUGCAGCCGGCUGCGGCGUGGGCCGAGCGCGUGGACAAGACACAUGGCGGGGUGCGGACGACGGUGGUGGAGCCGCUGGUUGCGUUUGUCGAAGACGAGCCGCCCGAGGACGAGCCAGGCAGGAGCCGGCUGCCGGGCAACUACCCGCUGGCGCUGCUGCCAGGCCAGUACCAGCACGAGUUCCCGAUCCACCAGACGCGGUUCGGGCAGACGUACCAGCAGGCGGUCAGCUCGUACCACUACCACUGGGCCAGACAGCUGGCAGUGCAGCAGCAGAUUCAGAUGCAGCGCCAGAUGCAGCAGCAGCGCCAUACGCAGCAGCACCCCAAGUGAUGUCCAGUACCAUUCUUGUUGAC